AUGGUAAUUUUAGGCGAAAUUUUUCCUAAUUUUAAGGCCCAAACUACUGUCGGGGACAUAAUGUUUCACGAUUGGCUUAAAGACUCCUGGGGUAUACUUUUCUCUCACCCGGCCGAUUUUACACCUGUAUGCACAACAGAAUUAGCUCAAGUAAUCAACCUGCAGAAUGAGUUUAAAAAACGCAAUGUUAAAGUGAUAGCUUUAUCAUGUGAUCCGGUGGAAACACACUUGAAAUGGUGCAAUGAUAUAAAAUAUUACGCUGGCAAUGCGGGAAAUGAAUUUCCCUAUCCAAUUAUAGCAGAUGAUGACAGAGAGUUGGCAUUACAGCUGCAAAUUAUUGAUCCAGAUGAAAAAACAAGUGAUGGUAUUCCGUUAACUGCAAGAGCAGUUUUUAUUGUUGAUCCCAGUAAGAAAAUGAGGCUGUCUAUUUUGUAUCCUGCUACAACUGGAAGAAACUUCAAUGAAAUUUUGAGAGUGAUUGACUCAUUACAGCUUUGUGAUAAGCACAAAGUGGCUACACCUGUUGAUUGGAAGAAUGGUGAUGAUGUGAUGGUUCAACCCUCUGUCUCUGAUAAAGAAGUUAAAACUCUUUUUCCAGCUCUAACUGUUGUUACUUUGCCCUCUGGAAAAGGUUAUAUUCGUAAAACACCCCAACCAGAAUAA